AUGACACCUGAGGAUCUAGAUGAGUGUGAGGCCGAGGCCAAGGAGUGUGCAUCUAAGGGUGUAGAAACCAGCAUUGGGGAAAAGGUGGAGGCGAAUUUCUUGAAGCUGGACCACCUCACCUAUGAUCACAUUCUUGAGGCGGUCUCGAAGGCCGAUUUGAAACCUCAGAAAAAGGCGAGAGCAUGUGCAGAAGGUGAUGUGGGAUCUGAGGGGAUCAAAUCGUGGGUGUUUGGUGCAUACGGUCAUGGUCCUCAGUGCGGUGUCACAACUCGCACUGGUCAGUUUCCGAAUCUGGUAGCCGUGAUCAAUCGUUUCAUGAAGCAGGAAAUGCCAGGUGCUACCUGGACGUCGUUCACGGCGUCCAAGGAUGUUACCUUCACUCCCCAUAAGGAUACCCAUAACGAUCCGAAUUCCCAGAAUGUGCUUGUAGUCCUUAACCAUAAGGGGCAAUGCAACGGUGGCAACCUUUGGAUUGAGCACAAGGAAGGCCCGACGACGGACACGACGACAGGGAGUGGUUCGUUCGGGGAGCAUAUGCUUGAAGAGGACCUGGAUGAGGGUUUGUUCGGGGAUGAUAUUCAGGGUUUAGCUUGUCCUGAUGGUCCGACCGCGCUGGAUGCUGCCAUGCCUUUCGAAGAAAAUUGGGAUGAAUAUGAACCUUCAUUGCCUGAUCCAGCGCACAUAUUCAGUGGCGAUCUUUCGGGUGACAGUUCUGGGAUGCUGAAACCUUCGGAAUCGGUGUCGCUUGAAGUGGCACCUGAUGUAAAGAAGGAACCUGCCAAGGAGAAGCCUGGACAUACUUUGGAUGAUUUCAAGGCUCGAGGAACCAAGAAACCGCAUCGGCGUGUUCAGCCUUCAGACAUUGCAAAGGGGGUUUUGUCCAUAGACAUUGCUGGUCCGUAUAAGGGAGCAUACGAUGACUCCAAAUACAUCUUGGCGGGCGUAUUUCGUCUGGAGGAUGGCGCAACCCUUCAGUUUGUUCAGCCGUUGCGCCGCCGGUUCUGGUCGGAUGUGCUAUGCGGUGUGCAGGCCAUUCUGAAUGAGCUGUCGGCGGUAGCGGGCGGCAAGGUGCCAGUUAGGAUCCAUUCCGAUCGUGCGAAAGAAUUCUUAGCUCGUCGUGUAGUCGAAGAGCUCCAGAAGGCGACAGCGUCGCGAUCAAGAUCAACAACCCGGGUCCUUUUGGACGUGCGCUCGGAAGCUGCAAUCUUCAUUGGUCGUGCGGACAAGUUUACCAACGGUGCCUAUGUUGAGGUCAGGAGAAACGGCCGGAAUGCAGUUGUGGUGACUAGGUUACCUGCGGUGAUCAAGGAGCCAGAGCGGCGCUGGAGGACCUACGAGUCCCUGUCGAGGGAUCUUCUCUGGAUUUCGAGUGAUGGUCAGGUUCGGGACGCAGAUACCAGUCGGGAUCUGGGAAUAGAUUUGGGUCUCUUGACUGUUGAGGAGGUGCUCAAAAGCCAAAGUCCAUUAGAGGGAUACCCGUUGGCAGCAGUGGCAGCAGCAUCAUCUUCACAGGCGGCGCAGCCAGCGCCGGAGCAUGGGGAUAAGAUUGUGAAUUGGCAGAAAUACCAUCUGCUUUCGUAUGAACCGUAG